GUACUCUUCGGCACGAUGAACGCAACAACGGGAUUGGUUCCUCUGCUACUAGGACAAGCCGCCAGUGGGACGUCCUCCCUGCCAACGCUGAGUGUUCUGAUGCAAUUUUUGAUCGUAAAGUACUUUACACACUACUACAGUUACUGCACGAUUGGCAGAGAUUUCGUGGAGGACGUCGAGGACGUGAGUAGAACGGUGCUGGCCGUGAACGAUCAACUCCAGUCCAAUCUGCUGCUCGCGAUCGACAAUGGCUGCCAAGCGUUCGUGGUGGACGAGCCCGGCAUCGGGACCUUUCUGGAUCUUUUCAUCCCUCUGCACGACAUCGCUCGACAGCGAUCGCUGGACAAAGGCUUGAUCUUGCUCGUAACGCAACAACAUCAGCAGGAGCUGUUUGAUCGCAUACGCUCGCAUGAUGCUUUUCGCGAACUGCCGAACGUGCUGCUAGUGGUGUACAGUGCGCGUGAGUGGCCCAUCAAUCUCUACACCACCGCCAUCCGUGUUAAGGAUGUGCUUGAGCGAAGGGUGAACGUUACGCUCGAGCCGCAUACAAUCGAUUGGAGCAGCUGGAGGACUCAUAACUUUUUUCCGGACAAAUCGACCGAUCUGAUGGGAUACGUAUUGCGGACGGCCAUGUGCAAUUAUUUGCCCUUCACUAGCUACGAACGUUUGCUCGACACCGACGAUAAUGCCGGCAACGCGGUUGAUUCGGCGACGGGAAAGCGUUCGAUAUGGUUGGAUGGGACGGAACUGCAGUUGCUGGUUUCCUACUGCGAGCUUCGAAAUUGCACCAUUGUGGUGUUUCCUGAGGAUAUCGACGAGUGGGGUGACGUGUAUCCGAACGGCACGGGCAUCGGGUUGAUGGGCAGUGUAGCCGAACGGCGAACCGAUAUCGCUUUCGGCGCGUUCUAUCUCUGGUUCAAGCCGUACAACUUCUCCACGUACACGGCCACGAUCAGCCGGUCCGGUGUGACGGUGCUCGUGCCAAAGCCGAAGAUGCUUCCCUUCUGGCGCACGCCCUUUCUGUCGUUCUCCGUGCCACUGUGGAUAGCGGUGAUGAUGACACUGUUGGCCGGCAUAGCGGCCGUCUGGAUUGCCGGCACCGUUCGGCACCGUUUGCUGUUGCUGUCCAUCGGCGUCGAUGGUGAUCCGGCGGAGCUGAUUGCAGAACAGCGGACGCUCAGCGAUGCCGUGCUCAUGAUGGUGGGCUUCUUCGUGGCCCAGUCGUCCUCCAUACGCACCGACCUGUGGUCGUGCGUCUUUCUCUUUACCGCGCUACUGUUGGCCGGGUUUAUGGUGAGUAAUCUGUACAGUGGAGGGUUAGCCAGCGUCAUGACCGUGCCGCAGUACGAAAAAUCUAUCGAUACGGUUAAGGAUUUUGCCGCCACUGGGAUGCCGUGGUACGGUCCCACCCCGUACUGCUUGGAGGAGAUUUGGAACGCCACCGAGCCGCAUCUGCAGCAAAUUCAGAAAACGUAUAUUGCGGCCGAACCGGAAGAGACAAAACUGCACGUGCGCAUGGGAGACAGUGGGUUCAUCAUCGAGCAAGCCCAGCACGGUAACUUCGCCCCGAGCGACUUUCUCGAUCGGGAAUCCUCCACGACCUUGCAACCGCUCAAGGACACGAUCUACACACAAAAUUGUGCGGCACUGAUAACCAACACGAACCCGUUGCGCUCCAACCUAAACGAGUACAUACUGCGGGUGCAGCAAUCGGGCAUACUGUACCAUCUUGGUACGCGGGCCGCCAUCAGGUACCUUCCGACCGAUGUGAUGCGAAACAUCGAACGGGCGAGGAUUCACCAGCACGACGAGAGUGCGGUUAAGCUCGAAAUCGGCCACUUUCUCGGUGCGUACUUCAUACUUGGUUAUGGGCUACUGUGCGCUGGGCUUGCGUUUCUUGGUGAGCUAUGGGGCACAGCGAUCGUGCGGCGGAUGAGUGAGCUGUUGGCGUGGAAAGAAACAGUGAACACUGCCCCAGUUCCGAAUGCUGGGACGCGAUGAGGAAUGCUCACAUGUGCUUGCUGCAUUUGCAACGCAAACCAUACAAUGCUGUACGCCACCGCUAACGCUGUUACUGUAGUCACUG